AUGAUUGGGGAAUUAUUCGAUUCUGAUGGAUUGACAAGUGCUGUUGGAGGAGUUUACAUAUUCAUUGGAAUUAUUGGUUCAUUGUGUAAUAUGACAACAUUACUAAUGAUUACUUGCUGUCGGAUGUAUCGCUUAUCAGCUUAUACCAUUAUGGCUAAUAUUGCAUUGGCUGAUGCUAUUAUGCUCAUUAUUGCUGGUCUCGCAUGUGGUCUCAAUAUUGUCCAAGUGCCUUUUCUCAAUUACGACAAUGCUGCUAAUAAUUCCGUUGAACUUCUAAACAGCAACAAUGUUAUGAUUGAUCCUAUAACUUUAAGGAUGGAUGAAGUCAAAAAUGAAUUGUACAAUGUAAAUGGCAGUCAGUCCAAUACAUUUCUGGAAAAUCUACAUUUUUCCGUAUUCUUAUUAUCAUUUCUUGAAAUAGCUGCCUGGACGGCCGGAAUAAUAAGUCACGCAUUAUUGGGUAUCAACCGUUGUGUUGCUAUUUGCUUUUACCGUACACGUGCUAAAACAAUCAAUCGAGUGUCAUUUGCAUUCGUUGGUUCUACCAUAACAUGGCUUAUCGGUAUUACUGCAGCUUAUAUCGGAACAAUGCCCGUACCAUUGAUAGGUAUGCGAGCUAAUAUGUGGACAGUGAGCUUUUUGAGCACAGCUGGAAGAAGGCCAGCAAUAUUUAUGGUACUUGCAUCAUCCUUCAAUUUUGCCAGCAUAUUAGCGCAAUGGUCGUGUUCUCUAAUGGUACUUAUAAAAAUAUAUAAAGUUCGGCAUAAAAUUAAUUGUAACAAGUUAAAUAUUGGCAGUGCUAAAAGAUUUAAAAAACAGGUUUGGUUAUGUAAUCAUAUGUGUAAUCCAUUUAUCUAUGCAUAUUUCAACGAACGUAUGCGUUUAACUUAUGGGCAGUGGUUGACAUGUGCACCAUUACGAAAGUGUAUCAGUAAAGUCGAGAAACAGUAUUCACGAAAACACGGGAAACCUCUGCGAGUAUCAAAGCGACUGAAUGCAGCUACAUCAAUGGCAAGAACUGCACAUUGGCGUAAUCGAAGCAAUCGGAGUGAUAAUUUUGUACGGUCAAGCUUGCAAAUGCAAAGUCGUGAUUUUGAACAAUUUUGUGAAGUGAUGAUGAGCGUCAAUACCGCAAAUGAAAGCAGUGAAGGAUGGGUGGAAAGUAGCAGUGAUGCGGAAGCAGAACCAAUCACUGCAACCAUCUCUGCAGCACCACAAAUAUCAUCACGACGUAACAAUAACAUGCAUACUGGAAAAAGCCUGGAAUUACAUUCGCUUGUUUUCGAUUUGGGACGUCAAACAGUAGAACAUUGGGCUAAUUUUGCUAAGAAAGCGAGCUUUUGA